AUGGCUCCUUCGCUCCAUCUCGCGCUAUUCCUGUGUGACACGCCUAUACCAGGUGUCCUCGCCUCGCACGGCGACUACACUGCCAUUUUCAAUGUCCUCCUCCGUGACUCGCUCCCCGUCGAAUCUGGCAUAGCAUUCACCCUCGACCCGUACGACGUGCGCAACAAGCUGGAGUACCCGCAGAACAUCGACGAGUACAGCGGGAUCAUACUGACUGGAUCUGCUGCGUCGGCAUAUGAGAAUUUGGAGUGGAUAAAUCGUCUGGUUUCGUAUGUGCGGGAGAUAGCGAACGAGAAGCCCCAUAUCAGGGUGAUCGGAAUUUGCUUUGGGCACCAGAUCGUAGCGCGCGCGCUCGGCGGAGAGUGCGUCCCCAAUGACGGCAAGUGGGAAGUCGGUGUGACGGAAAUCGCGCUCACCGAGGUCGGCCGACGACUCUUCGGUGUACCCACCUUGAACAUCCAACAGAUGCACAGAGACCACGUACCUGCGGUUCCGCCAUCGUUUGAGCUCCUCGGCUCUACGCCCAUCUCGCUCAAUCAGGGCAUGGUGCGGUUUUAUGAGGGUCGGGGAGCCGGUACACCCGGAGUGGAAGACGUGCAUAUACUGACGGUGCAGGGCCAUCCAGAGUUCACGGAGCACAUCGUGGACACGAUAGUGCGCGCACGUGAAUCAACCGGCGUAAUAAGCAAAGAUGUUGCGGAAGAUUCACGACGGAGGGGCUCAUGGCGUAAUGAUGGUGUGAGUAUCAUAGGGAAGGUCAUAUGGGGCGUUCUGGGUGCGGGGACGAGUAGCGCGGCUACAUGA